AUGAGCACUGGCGACGCCGUGUGCACGGGCUGGCUCGUCAAGUCGCCCCCCGAGAGGAAGCUGCAGCGCUAUGCUUGGCGCAAGCGCUGGUUUGUGCUCCGUCGUGGCCGCAUGAGUGGCAAUCCUGAUGUCUUGGAAUACUACCGCAACAAGCACUCCAGCAAGCCCAUCCGUGUGAUAGACCUCAGCGAAUGCACUGUGUGGAAGCAUGCAGGCCCUGGCUUCGUUAGGAAAGAAUUUCAAAACAAUUUUGUGUUCAUUGUCAAGACUGCUUCCCGUACCUUUUACCUAGUAGCCAAGACUGAGGAAGAAAUGCAGGUGUGGGUACACAGCAUCAGUCAAGUUUGCAAUUUCAGUCAUCUGGAAGAUGGUGCAGCAGAUUCCAUGGAGAGUUUCUCUCACAUGCCCUCCUCCCUCCAGCCAUCCCCUGCCAGUUCACUUCAUACCGCCCAUGUUGCCAACUCUGCCUUGCCAAAAGAUGACCCAAAUGCUAAUACUGUAGCUACUGAGGAAACCAGAAGUGAGUCAGAGUUUCCUUUCCUUCCUGAUUAUCUGAUCCUGUCCAACUGUGAGACUGGAAGACUGCACCAUGGCAGUCUUCCUACCAGAUGUGAAAGCUGGUCAAAUUCAGACCGCUCAUUGGAACAGACUUCAUUUGAUGAUGUUUUUCUUGAUGGUCUGCAGCCGUUUACCUCUAAUAACUUGGUCCACCCCUUGUACUAUGGGAAUGGAUCUCAGGAUGUGCCUUCCACAAGGCCCCAGCCUGCUCUAAUCUGGAAUAGAGAUAUCAAUGGCCCGUCCAGGAACCAUGUGCCUUCUUCAUCAUUGCUGGAAUCUUCCUUAAACCCUACAAUUCAUGUGGGAAAAAAGCAAGUUUGCUUACCCAGUGGGGCAAAGGAACUAAACAUUAUGUCCAACACUCCACCUCCUCGUCCCCCUAAGCCAAGUUAUCUCUCUGAACGGCUCCAAGAUCAGCUCCUAUUGACUGGGCACAGCAGUAACAAGAAGCCAGGGUAUACUAUGAUGCCAAGAAGAACCUCUCUCUCUGGUUUAGACCAUGUGGGGUCCUGGAAAGGUGAUGUACAAAGCCAGUCCUUAAGACACCGAGAUAAGCGGCUCAGUUUAAAUCUGCCGUGUAAGUUUUCACCGAUGUAUCCCACAGCUUCACCCAGUGCUGAAGAUGGCUAUGUGCCCAUGAGCCCCAAAGGCACUACUUCUGGUCUUAUACCCCACAAUAGCCAGGAUGACUACAUCCCAAUGAGCUCAAUCAUGCUGCCCGAGUUGCCUGCAGACUUGGAGCCACCCCCAGUGAACAGAGAUCUCAAGCCCCAGAGAAAAUCUCGGCCACCUCCCUUGGACCUGAGAAACCUUUCCACCAUCCGAGAACACACAUCUCUAACCAGGACUCACACUGUGCCUUGCAAUCGAACGAGCUUUCUUUCUCCACAAAGAAAUGGUAUUAAUUCUGCAAGAUUUUUUGCCACUCCUUCCAAAGAAGAAGAAAGCUACAUCCAAAUGGAGGAAUACAGAGCAGUCAAUUCCCUGAGCAGUAGUGCUCUUACUUGGACAAAGAAAUUCAGCCUGGAUUAUCUGGCCCUGGACUUCAAUUCAGCAUCACCAGCUCCUGUGCAGCAGAAACCUUUCCUUUCAGAAGAGCAGAGAGUGGAUUAUGUCCAAGUGGAUGAGCAGAAGACACAAGCUCUCCAGAGCACCAAGCAGGAGUGGACCGAUGAGAGGCAAUCCAAAGCGUGAGAGGUGUGGGCAAAGUGUGCAACAAGGAAGCUUACGAAUAUGUUUUCAGUUUCUCCACUAAAAAUAUACCAGUGAUCGGUAUAAGGCAAAACCAAGAGUGUCGUUUGGGGAGUCUUGGCAAAAACUCA